GUAGGUUCUUCAACAGGGUCCUCUGGUGAGGGCCCUGCACCGACACUGAGAGAAGAACAAGGGAGAUGGAAGGAAAGAAAGAAACGGAGAGCAGGAGAUUUCAGAAGAGAGGUGACAGAAACAGAAGAUGGAGCCCUCUCCCUCUAUGAAUUUGACAAUGCAGAAUGAGGAGGAUCAACGUCCCCUCCUUCAAUCAAAAGUGGUCCCUCUCCCUCCUGUUUUUGGCAACCAGUGCAGAAGGAACCACUCAUGUCAAAGAGGGGAAGAUUACUCAGUGUGGCUCGAUGGAACCCAGUCAUCACCCACACUCCCAUAUUACAAUGGCUGCCAAUAUGUCUCACCCCACUCCUCACCCCGAAGGGGAGACGAUAAGGAAAAGGUUAGGGGGAAGGAGGUGAAAAAGGAAAAGAAAGGCGAGAAGCCAGCAGGAAAUGAACAGAAUGCUGGGCACAAGGAACGGAUUUGGGGUAGUAAAGCCAAAAAGGCAAGCCCACAGAGGCGCCAGCAGGACAUGAAAUCCACUCAGUCACCCUACAACAGAGUCCGCAUGUCUCGUAUGGACUUAAGGGAGACAGAAAGUGGGCCACCCAGUGAAGGAGGUCAAAGGCUAGAGGCCACAUCAAUGGAGAUGCAGGUCCGCCAGAGUCUACCCGAGAUUAUCAUUACAACCAAAGACGACUACCAGCCAAAGGACUCCAAUCAAACAUCCAGCUCUGACAAGAAUCACACCAAGUCUGAGGCCAAGGGCACCUAUGGUGGAGGGGAGGAGAGCAGUGGUGCAGAGCCCAAGGAUGGUCCCCAUGACUGCCCUCACAAGAAGACCCAGAGCAUCGGUCAUAGGCUGGUCCGGCGAAGGGCGCUGUUUGAGAGGAGGCAGAGGCUGAAUGACUGUGCACUCGCUGUGGGGAUGUUUGGAGUGGUGGUCAUGGUCACCGAGACAGAGCUCUCCUGGAGCGUCUACAGUAAGAGCUCCAUAUACUCCGUGGCUAUGAAGUCUAUUAUCAGCCUGUCCUCUCUUAUCCUGCUGGGCCUGAUCAUUGCCUUCCACAUCUGUGAGGUGCAGCUCUACAUCCACGAUAACGGAGCAGAGGACUGGCGAAUCGCCAUGACAAUGGAGCGGGUGACCCUGAUCGCCCUGGAGCUGUUUGUAGCGAUGGUGCACCCAUUCCCAGUGGGUCUCCCAUUGUCAUGGCAAGCCAUGUCCCCCACGCUGUCAGAGACGGAGCUCGAGAUUGUGCUGGCUCUGCCCAUGUUCCUGCGACUCUACCUCCUGGGUCGUGCCUUGAUGCUGCACAGCCGACUCUACACAGACACGGCCUCGCGCAGCAUUGGCGCCCUCAACAAGAUCCACUUCAACAGCCGUUUUGUGGUCAAAGCGCUGAUGACCAUCUACCCUGGCACUGUGUUGAUGAUCUUCAGCGUCUCUCUGUGGCUCAUCGCUGCAUGGGGCCUACAUGUCUGUGAGAGACACCACAACUAUAAGGACCUGAGCAGUAACUACAUGGAGGCCCUGUGGAUGGUCUCGGUCACCUUCUUGUCCAUUGGUUAUGGGGAUGUUGUUCCCCACACCUACUGUGGCCGCAGCAUCUGUCUACUCACUGGGAUCAUGGGGGCUGGUUGCACAGUGCUGGUGGUUGCCGUGGUUGCCAGGAAACUGGAGCUGACCAGGGCAGAGAAACACGUCCACAACUUCAUGAUGGAUUCCCACUUUACAAAAGGGAUAAAGAUUGCUGCAGCAAAUGUACUUAGAGAGACUUGGAUGAUCUACAAACACACCAAGCUGGCCAGGGAGAGAGACCACUGCAGAGUACGCAUGCACCAGAGGAAGCUGCUGCUCGCAAUCCACCGGCUGCGUGAUGUGAAGAUGGAAAGGAGGAAAUUGGCUGACCAGGCAAACACACUGGUGGAUCUCUGCAAGAUGCAGAAUCUGAUGUAUGACGUGCUGUCAGAGGUGAGUGGAUGUCGAGGGGACCUGGAAAAACACACAAACAGUCUGCAGCAGAAUGUGGAGGAGCUGAGAGAAGGCUUUAGGACCCUAAUGCCCCUCCUCUCCAGCACCCUCGCCACACAAAACGCUUCCAUCCGCCACCUGCUCAGGGAGAGGGAGGAGCAGGCAGUGACAUGGAGCAUGGCAGGGCAGGAUAGGUAAGAGAGAUGGGAGGAGGUAUGCAAUGUGUAUUGUUACAGGGAGAGGUAGAAAGAAAUUGAUGGGCAAAAGUUGGGAUCAGGAUAAAGAUACUUUAUAGGAAUAACUAUUCAAAGUGUACAUAAAGAAUGUGUCAAAGCAAUAAAGGAUAGAUUUGACUUCAUUUUUAUUAGAAUUACAAUGAGCCAACAUCGAGACUAUAUGCAGUACUAAUAUGUGACUCAUACUGGCCCCCCCCAAAAAUGAUACUAGUCUUGAUUUUAACACUAAAAAUUAAACAAAGUAUUGUUAGCCAGCAUGUGCACUGAAUGUUCUGCGCAUCAUAACUAAUGUAUUUGUCAUUUCACAGUGAUCGGUAGAUUGGCAUGAUAGUAUGUGGUGGGGUGUACAGUAUAAAAGACCAUGUCCAGUAAUAACCAAAUCUGUUUAACUGAGUUGUAUAAUUUACAGUAAACAUUAAUAAAUUAAGUUACAUCUUG